AUGGCAGAUAUAAAAGACGAUAAUAAAGAUAAUAAGAAAAACGUAUUGGCUACAUCGCUACAUUUAAAUCAUGGCCCACAAAUUCAGCCUUAUCAACCGGAGUAUAUAUUUUUAGACGGAGCUGGUUCCAAACAGCGAGGACGUUUUGAAAUGUGUUUUAUUGAAAUCGGUGCAUGGUAUACAGUGGGCGCUUCAAUUGGUAUUGUACGGGGAAUGCAUUAUGGUAUGAAAAUUGUAACGCGAGAUAACCUAACUCGUACAUAUAACAGGACACAGUUGAUAAAUAGCGUUUUAAAACAUGGAAAUGAUAUGUCAAAUAAAUUUGGAACGAUAUUGGUAUACUAUAGUAUUUUCGGUACAAUACUAGAGAAUAUUCGAGGCAAUGAAGAGGAAAUCAGUAAUAAUAUUAUUGCUGGAACAAGCACAGGAUUUUUAUAUAAAUCUACAAGUGGUCUUAGAAAUUGUGGCAUUGGUGGUCUGAUCGGCUUCAGCUUAACCAUGAUGUACAGUUUGAUUUCAUCAAGGGUUACAAUCAUUGAAAAUAUAAAGAAAUUCGUCAUCCACUAA